UUUUAUUGUACCCUGCUUUUGGGAAGUGCUUCCACGUGAUCAUAAAUAAAUCCUUAUUUUUCUCUAAAACUACGAAGUGACCGACUUCUCCAUAAUGAAACCUACAAAGAGGAACAUUUCUGAAAGAGCUUCAAUUCUAACCAAUGCUGAUUGGGACGACGGUCUUAAAAUCGCAGAUAUUCGUUAAAUUAUUUUUAAACUGUAUUUUAUGUGGUUGAAGGCAGGCAGAAUUGCCGGGGCGGUCUUGCGUGGGCGGAGAUUCCUGACGCCGCAGAGAGUGACGUCACUCCCGGCAGCUCGCGUGCGAUUCAGCUAAAAUGUGUAAUUAAACAACGACGAGACGUUCGGAUGCUGUCGGAUUUAUUUUAUAUUGUUUAUCUUAUCUUCCCGGCAUUCAGAAGCGCUCGUCCGUGUUGCAUCGUCGAAUGAUGGUUCGGUGUGCUGGUUUCCUUUGCUGGAAAGUCUUCCGAGGGUGAAGAUUGGUCCCGUUAUGACAAGCUGCUGUGCAGAAGAUGUCCACGCUCUCUCCGACUGAUAUCACUGAUGUUGGUCAUGGAAAACCAACCACUAUGUAUGACAGGCAACAUUGCCUGGGCACCAACAGUGAACAUGGGACACAUCAGCGUGAAGAGCCUGACUGCAAGACAGGAAUGCAACAGAAACGACAACUCAGACGGUGCCCUCAGCAAUUACAAAAAUCAAUCAGCAAUUUACUGUUAGAACAUUUUCACUUAUGUGCGAUCAAACCAGAUAAUGAUAAUAAUAAAAGAAAUAUAUUAAUAAACAAUGAAUAAUAAGCAUGAGAUUUAUACUUAUAGAUACUCGUGAAUACGGCAAAAUAUUUUGUCCCCACUUUUUCUCAGCAGUUUGUGUACCCACCCAAAAAUUAUGAAUUUAAACCGUUAGACUUUCAAUCACUUUCAUUGUUAUGCCCCCAAUGUUUGAAAAACUGGAUAAUUAAUUUGGUCCUCAUAACGGACAGUGGGCAGCUCAUAGCCAUUUGCAGUGUACUGAAUGUGACUGGUGUCAUAGUAAAGUGCUACUUGGCUUGCUUGCAUUCACAUGCUCAGAGUACUCCAUUACCGUUACUGACAAUGCACCAAGAUGGCGGUGAGAAGCAAAUGCGCAGUGCCAUUGUAACCCCCCUAAAGCACAUGCUGUGAGCUUCCAGAUAUGUUCAUACUGAGAAAUCUCUCUGUGUUGUGGGUCAGUGCAUUUUGUGGGUCCAGGUCAUGAUAUAAAUGUACACUGUGUAUAUUUAACCUGGAGAACUGUACUCCUUUAAAGUGUGAGGUCAUUUGCAUUCUUCUCCACCUCGUUCAAUGAAUCACUGGCCUUGUUAAAAUGAAAAAGCAAGGUUAAUGGUUGCAUUACUGUGAAAAUCUGCCAGAUGCCGAAGAGAGCCAAAUGAAACCUGACCUGCAUGCUGUCUUAUUCGGCUUCUCUGCCUUUCAGUUAAAAUCAGGCGUGGCACCUGAAGUGGGAGGGGGGCAAACAGUGAGGGGAGAUCGCUGCAGCUGGAUCCCUUCCCAGUGCCACCACCCGUCUGGCUUAGAAAGGCUUGUGACAGUGACUCAGCACCUCCUGUCUGGGGCCGGCUGCUGUUGUAGAAGCUGGCCUUGGUGCUUGUUUAUUUCUGGUCCACGUUGCUAAUAACCUACAACUGGUUGCCUAAACCCAGGUCUCUCUCCAGGGAUCUGUUUUCUGAAACAGUCGUGCUGUUUAUUAAUGUGUCUGUGCUAUUGACAGGUUUAUUUUUUAACUUCACAGAUAUAUCCUUGUCCUUUUUAGAGCACAUAGCUUCCUCUCUGUGAAGGUAGCAUUGUAAUGCAGUAUUGUACUAUACACUUUGUAUAGUGCAUUUUCUUAACUGUAAUCAGUAGAUUUUCUCAGAAUUGUCCCUGUGAUGUUUUGUCUGUCUUUGCCCUGGACUUUCCCUCAUUCUGUACUCUGGUUGGGUUUCUUCAAUACAAUCAAUGUAUAAAUACUGGGGAAUUUAAUGUAGAAACAUGUGCAUAACUAUGUGAGUUGCAGUGGUGUUUUAUUUGCGUUUCCCCAGGCUCCCUUUGAUAUUUGGCUAGGUAGUCCUCCAGUUAGGUUGUGUGUUUGCUGGAUCUGUUAUAGGGGCCCUAGUGUCUGUUACCACAGUCUUGUCCUCAGUUCUUUACUGACCUGGUAGUUCCAUUUGCUAGCAAGGGAUCAGUUUUAUAGUUGGCAACUAAACAUAAUGUGUACUUCCAUGGCUCCCAGAAAUAUAGGUUAUUGUGCUGUCAAAUUUCGUCAUUGUUACCGGUCUGAGUUUGCAGGGAUGUAAACAUAGUGAUUUUGAUAUAACUCAUUGUUGCAGUCUUUUAUUGUCAUAAAACAAACCAGUUUUAGUACAGCCCUGAUGAAGCAACUCAGGAUUCAGGCCGUGCUGUACUUAAGGUAUUUUGGUCACUCUGUCUUGUCCUGUGGUUGUGUAUAUGUGUGUUUUUGGUGUUGCAUUCAGCUGUACAACUGAAUUUGGUCCAAGCCACUGAUGUAGCAUGACAAAAAUACCAAUAUAAAGGAAACUGAAAACCUGGAUAUUUACUGCAGUGCUGAUUUUAGUAACUUUGUUGGCUGUAUUCAGAGGCUUAGAGAAAUGCUUGGCUAGUCGGGAAUUAAAUCUCCAGUUCAUUUUAACUGCUGUUAGCCAGUGUCAGGGGAAGAUAAAUGCGGUCUAUGUUUAUAUUAAAACUGGGUAAGAGAGCUGAAAGUAGCUGUGCAAGACCUGAUCCAGUAGGAAUGGCAAAUGGAACCACAUGCUAUGGGGAUUGGCAGACAAAAUGGGGACUUUGUUUUCGAUGAAAGGAUUGAGUCAACUGUGAGGGGAAAAGUAUAAGUGAACAGACAUCGUUUCAGCUUCAGCACACGGGAAACAAAAAGAUGUAAAUAAAGUGUUCGGCACAGAGGAUGUGUCCCACUCUGCUGUGGCGGUAGCAGACGGUCACGAUGACUCGCUGCCCCUCCCUGACCCCAUCGAUUUCCCCCCCCUGCCAAACGGCACAGCACCGGCUCCUCAGGCCCAGCUGAAUGACCUCGGGGACCCAGAUCUGACCCCUCCCAUCACUGCGGAAUCUGCCAGUGCCAAAUUGGACCCCGCUGUAAGCGCGCUGGCCGUUGAACAAGAGAACCUGCCAGUCAAGCGGAAGAAAGGCCCGGCCCCCAAGAUGCUGGGUAAUGAGGUGUGCAGCGUGUGUGGGGACAAGGCCUCGGGCUUCCACUACAACGUGCUGAGCUGCGAGGGCUGCAAGGGCUUCUUCCGCCGCAGCGUCAUCAAGGGCGCCCAGUACACCUGCAAGAACAGCGGCAAAUGCGAGAUGGACAUGUACAUGCGGCGCAAGUGCCAGCAGUGCCGGCUGCGCAAGUGCCGGGAGGCGGGCAUGCUAGAGCAGUGUGUCCUCUCCGAAGAGCAAAUCCGGCUGAAGAAGCUGAAGAAGCAGCAGGAAGAGGAGUGUGCGCGCACGUCUGCCGUGCCGGCCGAGCCAGCACCGAGGCCCGAGGUGGCCCAGCUGGCUCCAGAGCAGCUGGAGAUGAUUGAGAAGCUGGUGGCCAUGCAGAAACAGUGCAACAAGAGAUCCUUUCUGGACCGGCCCAAAGUCACGCCGUGGCCCCAGAGCCAGGACCCGCAGAACCGUGAGGUGAGGCAGCAACGCUUUGCCCAUUUCACCGAGCUGGCCAUCAUGUCAGUGCAGGAGAUUGUGGACUUUGCCAAGCAGCUUCCGGGUUUCCUGGAGCUCACUAGAGAGGACCAGAUUGCCCUCCUUAAGACGUCCACCAUCGAGAUCAUGCUGCUGGAGUCGUCACGGCGAUAUGACCCUGCCAUAGAAAGUAUCACUUUUCUGAAGGACUUUAGCUAUAAUAAGGAGGAUUUCGCAAAAGCGGGGCUUCAGUUUGAGUUCAUUAACCCCAUCUUUGAGUUCUCCAAGGGCAUGAAUGACCUGCACCUGGAUGAAGCAGAGUAUGCCCUGCUCAUCGCCAUCAACAUCUUCUCAGCAGAUCGGCCUAAUGUACAAGACCACGAUUUAGUGGAAAGACUGCAGCAGCCAUAUGUAGAUGCACUUCACUCUUAUAUCAGAAUAAAGAGACCAAACGACCAACUGAUGUUUCCUCGCAUGUUGAUGAAGCUGGUGAGCCUCCGCACCCUCAGCAGUGUCCACUCUGAGCAGGUCUUUGCACUGCGCCUCCAGGACAAGAAGCUCCCGCCGCUGCUGUCUGAGAUCUGGGAUGUCCACGAGUGACCCCAUGGCCUUUGCUCUUCUUAAUCCAUAAUCCCCUUCCCCAGUACCCAAUCAGCAGCUGCCCUUUUGUGACUGUGCACACGGGGCAUUGAUGCAGAAACUUCGGGUUUACCUGCUGCUGGGCUAUCUGCUUAAAAGUAACAUGUAAAAAAAAAAAAAACACCUCACAGCAUGUUGUCCACCUGAUUGUAAAAGUCAGGGGUGGUUUGGAACCUCCCCGGGAUGGUUUGGAACCUGCACGUGUUCUCACAUGUUUACUUUUACCAGAGGCAGAUUUUUCUUUCUGUAGGCUCGGAGAGGUUAUUUUACUUUUUGAUUUCCUUUCAAACAUGUUAAUGGUCAAAUUCUGAGUCAGGACAGAGCUUUGAGCAGAGUGAGGACAUUUGUUCCUGGUUUUUAGUGAUUUCAUAAUACAUAAUGGUGAAUCUCAAAAAUUUCAAACUCAGUUUUCAGUCUUAAAUUUGAAGGUGUCAAGAAAGCUCUGAGGCAUUUUGUGGUAGUAAUCCAGUUUCAUUUUCUGAUGCCUGGGUUUGUUUAAGCAGCUGUACUACUUUUUAUGACUAUGCCGUAUGUGAAACUAAACUGUUCAAUUUAUGUUUUACUGACGCAAGCACGGGAUAAUUACUGAAGGGUUUCAGUCACCAUUUAACACACACCACCAUUCAAUACAAAAACACUAAAACUGAUAUAUGUCAGAGCCUUCAGCAAGUCGCCAUAUUUUUAUUCAUGCUCAUAUUUAAUUUAAAGAUUUAAACAUUUGGCUAAAACAUGGAGAUUAAUAAAAAUAUAAGCAAUCCACAGCACUGAUGAACUAAUACUAUGAGAUUGAGCAUUAUAUAUAUAUAAAAUAAUGCUCAAAGUGCUUCUAUGACAAAUACCAUGACCUAGAUAACUAACCCCCCCCCCGCCCGCCAGAAAAAGAAAUAUAUAUUCCUGUCACACCGUUCGUUUUAGAAUUGGUGGAUCCUUUCUGUUGACCUGGCUUGUCCUGUACUCCAAUAGGGUGUUAUUUGUAAAACUCCCUUAGCCAAUGUGCAUUACUUCUAUACGCGAUAAAUGGAUACUGGACAUUUGACCCCUCUUGAUUGCUUGUCUAAGCUUAAACCGAACAAAGAGUCACAACCAGGAAGUGGACUCAUCAAAGACGGAAAAUUUGUAGUAGUGACUAUAAUAGAAGUAACAAAGCUACAUAAAGAAGUUACAUAAAUGAUUAAAUGAUUUAUAAUUAUAUAGUUGCAAGUAAUGCAAGUGAAUAUAAAUGGUUGUUACCUUAAUUAUAUUUGGUCAUGUGCUACUUUGGUUCAUUUUAAUUUGAAGUUAUAGAAAACUAACAAGGACUAACCCGGCAAACACUUCAAGGCAUAAAUACCCACAUCUGUUAUCCACUGUGAUGACCAGUCUCCUUACCUGUUACAUAGAUGUUUAGGACACAUCUGGGAAGGAUUCUUACUUUGUUUAGAGUCACUAAAACCAAACUUUUCUGCUUUCGUUUCAUAACAUUUAUAUACCCUGGUAGGCGCUAGCUAUUUGGUCAACUAGUCUUCACUCAAAACCUAAUUACAGAUCCCAGUUGUAUGACGAUGAUUUUAUGAAAGUAGACCAAACGUUGCAAUGUCGAAUAUUCCCUUAAUUUACCUGUUUUAUUCUAGCUCUUCUAAUUGCUUUUCUUGGUUAAGAAAAAAAAGUAAUUUGUAGCCUUUAUGUACUUUUAUACACAUUUCUGUUUACCAGUUCUAGAAAAAACAUUAGAAUCUGUGUAAUGCGAGUAAAAUAUUUAUAUAUUUAUCCCACCGGAUUGUGUAAAUUAGUAUAUCUUGUCAGUCGUCUUUUACAGAUCUUCUAAUUUACCAAAGCCCUGCGUUUUGCAUUUACCAAAUUAUGUUAACACCUGUAAAUGAGAUUUCACCUUUUAUAUGGGAUGUUUUGAUGAAAAAUCAAAAAUUUUAAUAUCUCAACGCCUUAAAUAAUUUUGUCCUGCUCAAUGUACAAAAUAAAUUUUGGAAAAAAAUGGUAAAAUAUAGCUUAUCAAAUAUACUCUCUUGUACUUAAAAUUUCCGCAAUCUAAAGCUAAGAUAUUAAGCCAUUUACAAGUGUUUUUUUCAUUCCAAUCUGCUUUUGAGGAAGUAAAUAAUUAUUAGAUUCAUAAAUAAAAUGUUGAAUUUUA